AUGCACGUUCACGGAGCCUUGCUCAACGAACUGGACAAAUUACGUCAAGAACCAAAAGUACAAGCGUUUUUAAGGCCUUUAAAUAUAGAAUGGAAGCAUACUGUCCCAUAUGCACCUUGGGCUACAGGAUUAUAUGAAAGAAGAUUAAUUUCAAUCUUCAAAAUUAUAUUUCGAGUAGCGGUCGGGAAACAUCUCCUAGACAGCUCAGAAAUGACUAAAGUGGCGACAGAAAUUGAAGCAAUAAUGAAUUCUCCUUCUUUGACUGUAAUUGAUGACGAGAAUAUGCAGCCACUACGACCUAUAGAUUUUCUCAGCUCACAAGGAUACGCAGUAUCUUCACUACCUAUCCAACGAGAAGAACCAUCCAAGAUUCGCAUAAUCGAGAGAGCACAAAGGAACACACGCGCAGAGCAUUCUAUAAGUGAGAGAGAUUGUCCUGGUGCACACAUUAGCAGUACCCAGAGGAUGUUGGCCUCUGGCGAGCAUUACCAAGUUAAUAGUACAAGCCGGUAA